CCGUCUCUGAAACAUCAGUUCAAACGUCACAGUUGCGCCGGAGUUUUUGCGGAGAUUGGACGUACGAUAGUCGUUUUUUAUUAAACUGACUUUUCAGAAUAUAAUUGUGUGUUUGUUACAAAAAGUAAAACAAUUUUUUAUAAAAGAUUUGUAUACCUUGUGAUUUUUGGAUGUGAAUGACACUGUAAUCAAAAUGUUGGCUAAACUCGUGUUUAUGUUAUUCGUGAUCUCGUCACAACUGGAAGGAGCGGCUAGAGACAAUUUUAGAAGGGGAGAAACGUCAUACAACGAGCCAGCAUUGAUCCGACGUGUGCCACGUCAGGUCGCGUGCGGGUACUUUCCGGACGAGUUCAAGUUCGUGUGUUCAGAUGGCACUUGCAUCGCAGCGGACAAGAAGUGCGACGGUACCGUCGACUGUCUCGACGGUUCGGACGAAACGCACCACCUCUGCAGGGAGACACCGUGCCCCGACCACCUAUUUCGCUGUACAUACGGCGCAUGCGUCGGCGGUUCGGCGCCGUGUAAUGGUGUCACAGACUGCGCCGACAAUUCCGACGAGUUGCAACCGAAAUGCAACAAUUAUACCUUUGAAAUAGGGGGACAGUUUAAGUGCAAUGACAGCAGUCUCAUCGAGAGCGACCGGCGGUGUGACGGCAUCCGCGACUGCAGCGACGGCUCCGACGAGACGUUGGUGGCGUGCGCCGGUAACGUCUGCGCCUCCAAUGGGUUCCAGUGCGCUUAUGGGGCCUGCGUCGACGAGGGCGCCGCCUGUAAUGACAUAGACGAAUGCGCUGAUGGAUCUGACGAGUCGGAUAAACUAUGCAACAGGACAGUACCACGGAGAGCCACCACAACGACCACCACAACGACCACCACAACGACCGCGCCGAGUACGACAACAGUGGGUGUUCCAUACAUGUGCGUGUUACCACCGCACCCGGAGAACGGCCUGUUCCUGAUGAAUGGUGACACCGCUGAAUACAGAGCCGGUGACGUCGCGAUUUCCGCCUAUUUCAAUACCACCUGCUUACCCGGAUACAAGGUCGUCGGAGAGUCAGUGGUCAUCUGUAACUUAGGACGGUGGAUACCAACGAAAUUACCAUCCUGUGUCCGUGCCUGUUCAUUGAAGCCGUCGGAUAGCUUGGAGUACCGAUGCGUGCUGCUCGACAAGGGUACGAACGGCACGCGUGAAUGCGAAGAGUUGGAGGUGCUCGGGACCGUUGUGAUGCCCGAGUGUCGCCGCCCCAACUACUACAGUCCCAAACCGCUGCCACAGAUGUACUGUACCGACGCGGGCUGGAGCUACAAGCCCACCUGUCUAGCCAAGUGCGGCACGCCCACGCCGCGCGGGGACUUCCCGUGGCACGUCGUCGUGUACCGCCGCGCCGACGGCACCGGCGACGACUACGAGCAGAUCUGCGGCGGCUCGCUCGUCAACGAGUGGACCGCCGUCACCGCUGCGCACUGCGUUGGGUUGGACGAUGACUGUGGAGUCAACCCGGUCGAGAAUUUCAUGGUGGCUGCUGGCAAGCUGUACAGGGAACUGAACGACCCACGGGACAAACUUUACCAGCAGACAUCCCAAGUUUCAGCGAUUCAUGUACCUGAACGAUACGGCGGAGAUAAUCUGGAUUACCAGUAUGAUCUGGCUGUGGUCAAAGUGAAAGACAGAUUCGUAUUCAGUAUCUACAUUCGUCCAGUUUGUCUCGAUUUCUCGUCAGAAUUCGAUGAAUUCCAGUUGAAAAAAGGAAGUAUGGGCAGAGCUGCGGGUUGGGGACUCACUCAGAGCCGACGUGGGACCGAGUCCACGAAGCUGAAGGUUGUGGAGAUGAAGUACGUGGAGUGGCAGGAAUGCAAAAAACGCAUCCCGCAAUUGAACAUCGAGUUAAUCGAAGUUGACAAGAUCUGCGCCAGCUUCGGCAACGGCACGACGCUGAGCAAGGGCGACAGCGGCAGCGGGCUGGUGUUCUGCGCGCGCGAGCACGGUGAGAUCCGCUGCUACCUGCGCGGCGUGCUGUUCACGGCUCCGCCGCUCCCCGACGGCAGCUACCCCAACGCGAUCGCCAGCUUCACUCACGUGCAGGAAAACGAGCACUUCCUGCAGCGGCACCUCGCCAACGACCCGCGUCCCUAUUAACACCCCCGUGCCUCAGUAAGCCCGUCCGUUGGUCCUGCGUGACUCUCCAAUCGGUCGAUCGAUAUGCCGUCCCGUAGGAUUAGGAAUAGAGACGUACACUUGUGUUUGCGCACAUACUUGUCAAAGUAACAUCCCCUGCUCAGUGAGGCCCUGGUACCCCCUGAGCAUGAUCGCGAUAAUAAUAUAUAAAAGUUAUAUAUUUUGAAACAUGUUCGAUUGUAUAAAACUUUAAACUUGCCAUGUUAGCAAUAAAUCACUAUGUAAUUUCAAUACGUACUAGUUUCUUUUAUAUUCAUUUAAAGCAGACGCCUAUUUUUAGAGGCUAGUAAUUUAUUAUUAAUUUAUUCACUUAUGCUCUUGAUGUAAAAAUGUUUGACACCAUUUUGGAACGGGUUCAUAUAGAAGUGUAUCCUUUCAAAUAAAAGAUAAAAAUUCUAAAUCGUUUUAUAAAUGAUGUAAUUCUGGAAAACCAAAGCAUAAAAAAACGAUUGGGUUGAGUACCUUUUUUAUUAGUCUGUUAAUAAUACUAUAAAAACAAGCUUUUAUAUAUGUACGUGACUGCGAUAUUUAGAAUACUAGCCUCAGUAGCGUAGCAUGGGUCAUAGCGCUCGGUGCGCGUUCCGAAUUUGCCGCCCUUUUUUCUUGCAAUUGGUUAAUCAAAUAAAGUGGGGCUCUGUAAAAACAGUACUCUUAUUGACUAACACUAAACUGAAACGUGAAAAUGAAUAUUACAUUUUAUUAAACAGUUAACGUUUUCUUACGCCCGUGCUACACCGCCGACUAGCCUGUUCACAAGUAUGUGCAAAUGAAAUUGCAGAACUCAAUAUAGCUAUUUAUUAUUUUAAAUAAGAAAUUGUAAUAUAAGAAUAAUAACACUAAUUUAAAAAACAUCGUUAAUCAAAUUAUAUUAUUUAAAAAAAGUAUUUUAAUCUUGUAAGGCAUUUAUAUGCAUUUAGUUUUAUUUUUUUAAUUUAUUUAUUUAUAUUAAAUUGAAACAUCCUAUGAAUCGAAAUUUGUGAAAUUGUUGUUUGUUAGUAAAUGUGAUAAAAAGAAACCAAUUGGCUAAAGUUAUUCUAUUCCAAUUUAUAUUCUGCAAAACAAAAAUUAAUGCCAAAAUGUGGCAGUGAUUUUUUUUUAAAGUUAUGUUGCAAAUGUCGCACCCUUGCACUCCAUGUAACCUUUCACACUUUAAAUAUUGAACAAAAUUUAAUUAAUAAAUACAUACAAUUGGAAUAGCAUUAAUGACAUAUUUGUAUAUUUUGUUAUAUGUUAGUUCGCGUUUAUUAAUAAAUCAAUAAGUUUUUCGUUAUGAACAAUUGUAGUGUUAAUUAUUAAUUUUUUUAAUGUUAAACCAAAGAAGUACAAAAAAUGUGCCAAUACAAACGAGGCUGUUAAAUUAAUUUUAUUGUAUAAAGUCAAUUAAUAAAUGUAAUUAAUGCAAUGGCAUUUUUCUUGCAGAUAUGAAAUGAUUGUGAGUUUUGUCUUAUAUGGUCGAUCAUAGAGUUGAAAUUUACAAGUCAUUUGUAUAAUAAUGAUAUACUCAAUUAUCUUAAAAUCGAUAUCUUUAUGGUAGAUCUAUUUACGAAAUUAAUUUUAUGUGAAACGUAUUAUUAUUGUUAUUUUUUUACAAUUUUAUAAUGAAAUUAAAAAAAAAACAAG